CUGCUCUUCUCCUACCCGAUCAUGGCGGACAACCAGGCCCUGGCCGGGUUAGACUGCUUUCCACCUUUCAUCUCAUCGAGCUUGUUCCCAGUCGAUGAAGGGUUUAUCGAUGGCAGACUUUGCCAAAAUCUCACAGCGACUUUGCAAUGCUGCUUGCCCUGUCCACUAACGGACUGGGUCUACCCCGAAUACUUCAACACUCUGACGACAGCGGCCAACUGGGUCUGUGUCGCAAGUGCGGCAGGAUGUCUCUUCCUCCUCCUCUCCUGGGCCUUCCUUCCCGUGGAUAAGACAUAUAGACACUACCUCAGUAUUUGCCUAACCAUCGCCGUUUUCAUCAUGAACCUUGGCUUCGUCGUUCCUCUCGCUGCUGAACCGCAGCAAUGCUAUAAUGAUAUCACACCACACAGCAUGAAGUCGAGCAAAGUCUGCGGCGCCUCUGGUGCUUUCCUCCUGCUUGGAGGUUGGGCUGGUGUCAUGUGGGUCUUCUUGCGGUCUUUGUCUCUGCACCUGCAGAUCUGUUGGCAAGUCGUCGUUGGCCGAAACUUCAUGAUGUUUGCUCAGGCCACUGGCUGGGGCAUUCCCAUCAUCGGCAUCGUUGUCGCUCUCGUCUUCAGCGGCGUGUCAUUCCGGUUCGGCGCCACAUGCCAUAUCAACCAUAAGAACAGUCUUGCCGAUUUCUGGAUCCCUCUCCUCGUCUUUGCCGGCCUCACAGUCAUCAUCCAGUUCGCUACAUUUGGAUACUGCAUCAAGGUCUACCUCGCCUCUCUGGCGGACAACAGUGCCUCCACGGAGGGUUCCAGCCUUCCUCAAUACUCUCAGAGCAUCCGGACUAUGACACCGCGCCAAGCAUACCGACGAGUUCGGCGCGUCAUCUCUCUGCAGUGGAGAGGCAUCGCCAUCGUUCUGAUCAUCAUCGCCGACGUUAUCUUCUUCUCUGUUGUUUUCGUCUUCCAGGACAACACCGUCCAGGCUGUGCACGAGGACCAGAGCAUCGCCGCAGACUGGAUUACCUGCCUCGUGGUCAACAAGGGCAACAGGACCAAGUGCUACGACAAGGCCAAGGCAAUCGUGGUCAACGAGGCAACGAUUACUGCCGUCUUGAUUCUGCUUGCGAUGAACGGCAUCUGGCUGCUCUUCCUCCUGGGCCGUUGGGCUAUGGUCCUCGGCUGGAUUGAUAUGUUCUCCUCGUUCCGGGGUAGAAACAAGAAGGAAUUCGUGUCGGUGGAUGCCCGAUACGACGUCAAGAAAGAUACCCGUGCGUACGAGAUGCUGUCGAGAGACUCGAGCGCUGUUGUAACACCAGUUUCCCCAGUCAAAUCACCCGUUUUCAGGAUGUUCCUCAUUCUGACCCUCGUCUUCCUAGGAGGCUAUGUGCACUACCUAUGGAAGGCCGAGGCCGCUCUCGGCGUCCCAUGGUCCCCCGAUCCUGAGACCAGGCUCUUCGCCCAACGGCCCCUCAUGGCCCCGAUCAAGGAGACGAGCAUCGACACAUACACACUACCUCUUCACACCAAAGGCCGCGAUGUCGUCGACGAAGAGGGCCGCCGCUUCAAGCUGUUGUCCGUCAAUUGGUACGGCGCCAGCGAUGAGCUCAACAUCCCCAGCGGGCUCGACGUCCAACACCGCGACACCAUCGCCCAGACCAUCAAGGGCCUGGGUUUCAACAGCGUCCGUCUGCCGUACAGCGACGAGAUGGUCAUCACCGACCCGCCCAUCCCCGCCGAGCUCCUCUCCGCGAACCCGGACCUCGUCGGAAUGCACGCGCUCGACGUCUUCGAGGCGUGCGUCACGGCGCUGACGGACGCCGGCAUCGCCGUCAUCGUCAACAACCACAUCACCCACUCGACCUGGUGCUGCGGCGCCGACCCCUGCGACGCCCACUGGGCCAACGACCACCUCGGCCCGCUGUGCCGCAUCAAGCAGACCGAGGAGGACUGGAUACAGCACUGGGAGAAGAUCAUGCUCCGCCUCGUCGACAACCCCCGCGUCAUCGGGGUCGACCUGCGCAACGAGGUCCGCGGUCUCUGGGGCACCAUGUCCUGGGAUAAGUGGGCCACCGCCGCCGAGAAGGCGGGCAACAGGCUGCUGGAGAUGAACAAGAACUGGCUCGUCAUCGUCGGCGGCACCGAGUCCGGGAAUGACCUCCGUGGCGUCGCCAACCGGCCCGUCGUGCUCAACGUCCCCGACCGUGUGGUGUACUCGGCGCACGUGUACGCCUGGUCGGGCUGGGGCAGCGUGGAGGGUCGGUACUCGAAGCGCGGCUACGCCUCGUUCGUCAAGGCGAUGCGACAGAACUGGGCGUACCUCGUCGAGGGCGACCAGGCGCCCGUGUGGGUGGGCGAGUUCGGCGCGCCGCACCUCCCUAGCAUGGGCGACGCGAAUUACUGGAACAACCUCCUGCGGUACCUCAAGGUCAUCGACGCUGACUUCGGAUACUGGGCCGUCAACCCCCGCAAGCCACACGAGAACACAAAGGAGACGUACUCCCUCGUGGAGGACGAUUGGGUCACGCCUGUGCUGGACUACCGCAUGAAGGACAUGGUCGAGAUCAUGAGGGCAUAG